AUGUCCAGACAUUCCCAAGCAUCCGUACGGACACCAGUGGAAUCUCAAAUGAGAUGUGAGACAGCAGAAAUUCAACGCCUUUACACUCGAACUUAUCUGAAAUGGUACGGAUCGCGUAUCAUUAUAUUUGGACUGCUGCUGCUCAAAUGGGUGGCGAUGUUACUAUUGGCAGCUCUGUCGCUUGGAAUUCUUGCCGGUUCUGUAUUACUGGCCAUCUAUGCUAUCUACAGUGCUAUCGGAGUCGUCUGCCGGUGUCAGCUUAACGAAGGGUUCAUUGUUCUCAUCGCACUUAUCCUUCUACCUAUCAUAAUUCUGUUAACAACGCUAUGCGUAAAUAAUUCUUGUGAAAAGUACAAACAGGCUGAAGAAGACGGUAUGGCGGUAAAAGAUCUGUGA